GUGAAUUAUUGGAAUCAUUCCACCAACAAUAUGGUGAUAUUUUCGAUGUAUGGACGAAACAUCGUUUUAUGCGAUCCAAGAUAUAUAGUUAAAAUACAUAAAUCAUCUACUAAAAGUAAAUAUAUGAGAAGAAAUUUAAAUACUGAAGGUAGAGAAUAUGGUUUAAUCGAUAAUGGUGUUUUUAAUAAUAAUAAUAUACACGAAUUGGUUGAAGAAAUGGAAUCAUGUUGGCACAGAAUUGGUAUUAUAAUUGGAGAGAAAGAUUUGAACGAUGUGAACGAAACGUCAAUAAAAAAUAAUGAAUUAAAUCUUUCAAAUUGGAUGCUUAAUAAUCAAGAAAUGAACCAAAAUAGUCUUAUAACUUGUAUUCAAACUUACAUUGAAGGAAUAAUUUAUUUUCGCUUAUGUCCGAAAUUUUUUCGUUACUAUUUUCCAUAUACACGAAGAAUUGUUCAAAUUGAAGAAACUUCAUCAAAUGAAGAGUUAAGAAAUGAUAUGUUGACUUUCAUUAUCACGAAUACUGAUAGAGAUACGAAUAAGGGGAAAUUCUCAGAAAA